CGCAGAUCACAUAGGCUUCUUCUGUCAGUGCUUGUUACGUGGAUCGGAGUCAGUUAAGGAUUUUUUUCGCCGCACAUGUAAGUUUCUACUCAUAAUCAGAUGUGUCUUAGUGAAGGAUUUGUUGCAGAAAGACGAACAUUUAAUGGAAAUUCAGCUUUUGACAUCAGGAAUACAUUGUCUUCAUCAGCAUUUGUCGCACGCAUAGGAAGUUGAGCAGGUGUACUUUGCAAACCUGCAGUUUUUCAGGGGGAAGACUUCAGAUUGGAAGUUCCUGAGAAUUAGCGCGUCGGCUGAAGAAGUAUUAAGCAAUGGCCUAUAGAGCGGUAAAAUAAACACCGGACGCAUUUGAUGAUUCAACUGCACUGUUCUAGCAGGAAAACAGGAUAACUGGUAUUUUUUGCAACCUGGCCUUGUUUUCCGCGUUUCUGAAGACGUUUUGAAAGCAUCAUCGACAGUUACAAUCUCUUAAAUGAAGCAAGUUUAACCGACGCAGAUUUAGUAAACCGCACUUGAUUCGAAAGCUUUAAAACUUCUCCGUGUCAGAGGCAUGACUACAAUCAUGACACGAAAACGAACCACACGCGCGCAAACGAUUUCUUUAGUGUUAUUGCUGAUGCUUGUGUCUGGAACUGAAGCGAACUACACUCUGGGCUUGCUUAUUCCUAUGAACGAUGCGGAUUUCCUACAGAAAGGGAAUUAUUAUGCUUCCGCGAUGAGUAUUGCGGUGGAUGCUGUAAACUCACAACAGAAUCUCUUACCAGGUCAAAACAUUUCUUUUAUUUGGAACGACACCUCUUGCGAGGAUGAGGAUGUAACCAUUCGUGGGUUGUUUCAUCAGAUGACCGAAGGUAACGUUGCAGCGAUCAUUGGACCGGGUUGCUUGUGUAAUACUUCUGCCCGCAUUGCGGCUGCCUUUAACCUUCCUAUGAUUUCUUACUUGUGCAGCAGUCCAGAACUUUUAAACAAGGAGCUUUACUCGACGUUUGUAAGAACGUACACCCAAAAUACAAGACUUGCCGAGAGCGUUUGGCUAUUACUUAAGGAGUUGAAAUGGUACAAAGUGGGUAUUGCGUACAAAGGAGUUCCUCCUUGGGUUGACAGAAAGGACAAUAUUAUAAAGUAUCUUAAGAUGAAUGGGGUUGAGAUCCGAAUCGAAAGAAAGAUUCCACCUGAAGACAUGAAGUACCAGGCCAAAGUCAAAAAGCUCAUGGAAGAAAUGAAACCUCAAGCGCGCAUCAUUAUCAUUGUUGCCGAUUUCUUCUCUGCCCGCGAGUUGAUUCGUCCUGCUCACGAGCUCGGUCUUACCAAUGGUGACUAUGCGUUUAUAAUGUUCGAACUGGAGUACAGUGAAGUCUUGCGGAAACGGGAAUCUCCUCAUUCUUGGUUCCUCGUCGCCUCGGAUGAAUCCGAUUAUAAGUUCCGAUGCAAGUUUCAGGAAGGUUUUGAAUCCGUGCUCACGUUAGCACUAGACGUCGACGAAAACGAAGAAGCCUACGUCAAAUUUCAGACCGACGUCAAGAAACGUUCACCUGAAGUGCCUUUUCCAGAUAGUGCCGCCUACGAAGGGCAUAUUUUUGACAACCCCUCAAUGUCUCCGCGAAAUGCGACUCAACCUCCGAUGUAUGCAGCUUUCCUCUACGACGCAGUUUACCAAUAUGCCAUCGCAUUGAACAAAACAUUAGCGCGGAACGAGCAACCAAACGGGAAAAACAUUAUUUCCAAGUUACUGAACAGGGAAUAUAACAGUAUCAGUGGUCAGCGGGUUUUCAUCGACAAGAAUGGAGCUGCUGAAGCUGACUUGGUUCUUUUGGACGUACGUUGGCAAGUCACAAGGGAGAAUUGCCCAGCGAAUGCCUCUAACACGGCAACCAUGGAACCGGUUGGAAACUUUAAGGUCACUUAUACCAACAAUAGCGACGUCAGCUUUAGCUUCAAGCUCUCUCGGGAUAAAAAGAUCGAAUGGCCAGGAGGUUCGCCACCUAAGGAUAGCCCAAAGUGCGGCUUUGAUAACGAGAAAUGCAUCCCACGGAAGACUCCUGUUGGAGAAAGUGUAAAAAUGGCGAUCAUUGCUGGAAUAUCUGGCUUUGCUGGUCUUCUCUUGCUCCUGUUUUUCGUCAGCAGGAUAAGACAAAUUAAGUUAGAGAAAGAGCUGAAGAGUUUACUGUGGAAAAUAAACUACGACGAAAUUGCCCUUAAAAGACCACAUACAGGCCCUGCCGUAUUUACAGAUGAUGACAACUUGGAUUUAAUCAAAGACAUGGAGGAAGCGGAAACACCAUUGCUGAUGGAUUCAUUCAUGAAUGGUGACAUCAUCGGCGACUCCACCCGCUUUGGUAUUUUUAAGGGAACGUCUGUUGUUGUAAAGCGAGUUGGGACAAAGAAUGUUGACUUGACACGUUCAGUGCUUCUUGAAAUGAAACAGAUGCUUGAUAUCCGUCACGAUAACCUUUCGCACUUUAUCGGGGCUACCGUUGAUCCUCCGAACAAUUGCAUCGUGUCUGAGUUUUACUCUCGCGGGAGUCUUCAGGAAAUCCUGGAAAAUAAAGAUGUAAAAUUGGAUCACAUGUUCAUCUCUUCACUGGUUAAUGACAUAGCGAAGGGCAUGGGUCAUCUUCAUCACACGGACAUCAAGUCACACGGAAGUCUUAAGUCUUCCAAUUGUUUAGUGGAUAGCCGCUGGGUACUAAAAAUUGCAGACUACGGUCUUCCGACCUUUCGUUCGAAACGGACGAAAACUUAUAAAUAUACCGAAUCUUACUACGAAGAAAUUAUAAAAAGAGUUACAGAAGCCGAAAUACCGCCAUUUCGCCCUACGGUCGUGAGCCUUAUCACAGGUGUGGAAGAGCUCAGAGAAUUGAUGAAAUCAUGCUGGGAGGAAAAGCCUGAAGCUCGCCCAGAUUUUUAUGAUAUAAAGAAAACUAUGCACAGAAUUCUAAGUAACAGUGGCAUGAAAACAAAUAUUUUCGACAAUGUGGUGUAUAUGAUGGAGAAAUACGCGGACAAUCUUGAAGAUCUUGUAAGCGAAAGAACUGUUCAACUGAUGGAGGAGAAGAAAAAAACGGAUGCGUUGCUGGACAGAAUAUUACCACGUCCCGUAGCUGAGCAGCUGAAAAGGGGCAAAGCAGUGGAAGCGGAGAGUUUUCAUGAAGUAUCGAUUUACUUCAGCGACAUUGUGGGAUUCACUCAGCUUUCAUCAGACAGCACACCAAUGCAGGUUGUGACAUUUUUGAAUGCUCUGUACACAUUGUUUGAUGACAUUAUAAGGGAGUUCGAUGUGUAUAAGGUGGAGACAAUUGGCGACGCUUACAUGGUUGUGUCAGGUCUACCAAUCAGAAAUGGCGAUAGUCAUGCUGCUGAAAUAGCAGGCAUGGCUCUUCAUUUGAUUGCUGGAGUGAAGCAGGACUUUGUGGUCCCUCACAGGCCUGAUCAUAAAAUUGAACUGCGUGUUGGUAUACAUAGCGGUCCAGUUGUUGCUGGAGUGGUGGGAAGUACUAUGCCUCGUUACUGUUUGUUUGGUGAUACAGUGAACACUGCGUCUAGAAUGGAGUCGACAGGAGAAGGUUUAAAAAUUCACAUAAGUGAGGCCACGAAGAAACUGCUUGAAAAGCUAGGAGGUUUUAUAAUUGAAGAAAGAGGGGAUGUGUUCUUGAAGGGCAAAGGAACGGUAAAAAGUUAUUGGCUCGUGGAUUUCGCGAAAAGGACACCACGCUUUAAUCGGCGUUCAUUUAAGAGAGUUAAAGAACUUUCGGACCAAUCCUCGGGAUUACUUGGAAUAUUGGAAGCUCCACCAUCACCAUGUAGGUUAUCUCGAACGUCUUCUCUUAGGAGAACUAUGAAAUCGAUGCAGCCUGAACCUCAAGUACCAAAGGGAAAACACGCAUUUGACGUAGACGAUAAAUUGGACAAUUUCACGUCUGUUUGACCUCGAAGCAGCGACUCAUCACAGACAAGGAUGGAGAUUAUGUCUGACUGAAAUGUCGCUGACUAGAAGAUAUAUUCUAUCAUACGCUUAGAUGCUGGAAGCUUUUUUUUCUCAUAACGCACCCAAGUGUGCUUUUGGAGAGUUGUAAUCUGGUUUGCAACCGCAGUUCGCUUUCGGGUAGUUUCCCCGCUAUGGUCUGAUCAGAGUGCGCAAAAUACAGAGUUCCAGUCUCCGAGCAGAAACUGAUUUAGGAGAAUGGCCGCCAACUCAAAGAAAUGAACGUCAUUCCUAUCUUCGCGGUUAUUCAAUUCUGUUCAUGUUCAUGGCUGACAGUUUCGUAGAAAUGUUACAGUUGCAAUGCAGAGAUAGAGUUUUGAGGAUGUAGAGAUAGGCGGCAGCCUGUACUCAUGAUAGAAAACAAUACGCAAAACGAAUUAAUGUCACAUAUGAUACAUGUCUCUGAAAAUGUCAACUUAAAAAACUUAACCAGAGAAGGAAAAUGCUAAAACAUUGUUGCCAAUGCGUAGACAAAGAAUUGACAGAAAUGAGCUAGAAAUUGGUGCUAUUUUCGUUUUUGGCGCGAAAAUUCAAGAUUGCGUUUUUAGCGCAGAAGAGUAGAGAUCCUAUAGUGACUAUAGAAAAUAGGUUUUUUAAAGUUUUAUAUAUUUUUUUCUGUAAAAGGAGCACUUUCAAGCAAGACUUUCUUUAAACAAAAUUUGUCACGAAAAUUUUAAUUAUAAUGUCGUGAAUUUGUAUAUUCUGUACAUGGACGGUCUUUUUACAAAACAAAGACUCUAAGACCUUCCACUGAAAUCUAAUUCAAUUCUAACGUAGUCAAUUUAAGCUACAGAACAUUGAUGCGGUAAAACCGAAAAAUUAGACGAGACUUACCUGUAGGGUAAAGUUUGAUUGAGAUUCACCGGGUUACAUCCGUGCUGAGGGUUGACAACUAUAAUUUCUACCGCGUUUAAAACCCCACUUUCUGUUUAACAGCCAUAUUCAGUCCCUCGAAACCUAAGUUGACGCAUGCGCUUGCUAUUUCAUGUAAGCCCGAAGGCACUGGUAACGAGAUAGAAUUCGUGUGUUUCAGCCAGUUCGCACUAAACAGUUUUGCCACAGAGAAGAAAAAGAAAAACCACGUUGUACUUCCGUUGUCGCCCCGAUUCACAUUUCGUCGCUGCUACGUACCUUUUUUAGCUACAUCCCAAGUGUUUCAUACUCAUGUUUCGAUUCAAUUUACAGUUCCCUCUAUUCUUUACACCAUCAAAAACUAAAGUAAUGAAAUAAUCGUAAAGAUUUACCGUAAAUAGAUAAAUACAUUGGUCAGUUCUUUUUUUAAUCAGAGAUUUUACACCAAAGAAACAAUGUAGAUAUUGUAAUUAUAUAAGAUAUCAGGAAUAAAGAGCUGGUAAACUUGUCCCUCGAAGGGAAGGAGCGAAGACCUGAAAAAUU